CGGUCGUAUCAUAGUGCACCCAACAUGGAGAAGCGCGACUAUGCGGCUGCCGUCGCGGCACUGAACACGCUGCAGUCCAACUUUUCAAUCGUCGAUGCGAUUCGGAAGUCUGGGCGAGGCAUGAACACCCAGGCCAUACCAGAGAUGCUGGAAUGGUGUCGCAAGGUGGGAUAUGAGCCUGCGGCCUUCGACCGCCUGAAACCCAUACACAUAGCCGGGACCAAAGGGAAGGGUUCUACCAGCGCCUUCAUCUCCUCCAUUCUUGCGCAGUACAUACCCUCGAACGGUGCGCAGACGACGCCCUCGAAGGUCGGCCUCUACACGUCCCCACACCUACGCUUCGUCCGUGAGCGGAUACAGAUCAACAAUGAGCCAGUGUCAGAGGCAAUGUUUGCCAAGUACUUUUUCGACGUGUGGGAUAGGUUGGAAGCAGCAGCGGCAAAGGCUGAGACUACGCCGACACAUGUCCCGACGAAACCUGUGUACUUCAGAUACCUGACGCUCAUGGCACUGCAUGCCUACCUCGAGGAAGGCGUGGAUACAGCGGUCAUUGAGUGUGGCAUUGGCGGCGAGUACGAUAGCACAAACAUCAUCACGAAGCCUACAGUCACAGCCGUCACAAGCUUAGGCAUCGACCACACAGCCAUGCUGGGCUCUACGCUGCCUGAGAUCGCAUGGCACAAAGCCGGCAUCUUCAAAGCAGGGGCCGUCGCGUUCACAUCGCCCCAGAAGGAAGAGGCUAUGACAGUAUUGCGCGAACGAGCCGCAGAAAAAGGCACUAGCCUCCACGUCAUUAACGUCCACCCCGCCCUGGCCAACAAUGAGGUCAAGCUCGGCUUGUCCGCAUUCUUCCAAAAAGUAAACGCAUCAGUGGCAAUCGCAGCAGCAGCAGCUCACCUACGCGCUCUUGGCCACGUGUCCAUUCCCGACCCGACAACUUCCGCCCAUAUUGAUCUUCCGCCCGAGUUUAUUCGGGGGCUGGAGCAGGUGCGUUGGCCAGGUCGAUGCGAGAUCAGACGGGAAAAGCAUGUUGCGUGGCACCUCGACGGAGGCCAUACGUUGGAGAGCAUCGAGCUCACAGGACGCUGGUUCGCAGAGCAGAUGGAAGCAACGCAGUCUCAAGGCCCUCGGGUGAUGAUCUUCAACCAACAAACUCGAGACGCAAGCGCGCUUGCCAAAGCUCUCUAUGCGACUUUACAAAAUGGCGUUGCGUCAGGCCCAGCCUCUCCGUUUACUCACGUCAUCUUCACCACCAAUCAGACCUUCAAUGAGGGUUACAGACCCGACCUCAUCUCGAUGAACACGAACCAACAGGACGUCGACACACUCGCAGUGCAGAAGGCGCUCGCAGCCACAUGGUCUGAGAUUGACAGUUCAGCGGAGGUUCAAGUUCUAAAAACCAUUGAAGAAGCUAUCGGAGCUGCAAGAGCUAUCGCACGCGACUGGGCCAAGGAUUCUACCGUAGAGGUGAUGGUUCUGGUCACUGGGAGCUUGCAUCUGGUCGGCGGUGCUCUCGAGGUUCUGGAAACGGGGAAAACAAGCUGAGAAACAAAUACGAUACCCAUAGAUAGUACAUGUGAGAAACCUAAACAGCGGUGUGGACUUCAACAUGCACUAAGAUUUUGCUUUAGAACCUAUGUUCAACGCACGAGUCCAGAGCCCUCCUUCCCCGCAUAAUGCUCGUAUGUGUUAUGCGGGUGUUCCCGGAGCUGGUU